GUCUGAAAAAAAAAACGACAAUAGAAGGAAACCAGCAAGCGCAUACACUUGGAAAAAUACGAUAUCUUGUAAAAGUUCUAUUGAAUUAUUCUGUCGAGGUUAGUCAGACUAUAGCUUAAGCGACGUCAUUGUAUUGUGCAAGGUCAUAGAUGCUAGCAAGCGAUAAUACAAUGAUACGUGCCGUUAUUACGUUAUAGAUUUCAAGUUCCACACUCCUAGUCUGUGCACUGUUUGACGAUAGAUAACCAAGGAGCGGAUAAGUGGGGCGGACGUGAGCCUUGAAACGAGGCUAUGUUUGACCUCGUCAACCCUGAACUUGGGACUUUCCAGAAGUGGUGUACAAACAGUACAGACGCAGCCUAUUUAAAGUCAAGUGGUGCAACUGUACGCUGACAAAGAAACCUGUGCUGUAUUUAUACACUGCACUGUGAGAGCUGCUGUUUUGAAGAACUCAAUCUCCGACCAUUACCCGUAAAAAACGACCGCGCCAUGGCUUUCUUCCGAGCCGUCUGGAAUCUCCUCCUCGCCCUCUGGUACGUCCUGAGGGCCAUGGCCAUGUUCUGCAUUCCGCGGAGCUGGCGCAAACGCAAGGACGUGCUGGGGGAAAUCGUGCUCGUCACCGGCGCGGGCAGCGGCAUGGGCCGCCUGAUGGCGAUCGACUUCGCCAAACGGAACGCUUGCGUCGUCCUGUGGGACGUCAACAAGUCAGGGAACGAGGAAACGAUGCGUAUGAUCCAGGCCUUUGACGGGAACGUAUCUGCGUACACGGUGGACGUGACGAACGCUGACGACGUGUACAAGGUUGCGGCCAAGGUCAAAGGUGACAUUGGUGACGUCACCAUUCUGGUUAACAACGCGGGCGUGGUGACUGGCAAGCCACUACUGGACUGUCCCGAUCACAUGAUCAAAAGGACCAUGGACGUCAAUGCUACGUCACACUUCUGGAUUUUGAAGGCCUUUCUGCCGGCCAUGAUGGCCAGCAACCGAGGCCACAUCGUCACCAUCGCCAGCCUGGCCGGUUUCUUCCCGGUCAACAAACUGGUGGAUUACUGCGCCAGUAAGUUCGCCGCCGUGGGACUGCACAAAACCCUCCGCCUGGAACUACUUCUGCAGGGCUACGAUGGUAUAAACAUGACGCUGGUCUGCCCGACUUUCGUCAGCACGGGGAUGUUUCAGGGAGUCAAAGCAAAUCUUGCGUCUCCCGAGUACGUGGUCGCGAAGAUCAUGGACUCCGUUCUUCUCAAUGAGGGGCUCCUGUGCGUACCUGGUUAUGCGUACCUCCUGAUACUGCUUUCGUUUGUUAUACCAGAGAAGCUUGCUCUGUUGAACACGCGUACCAGCGGUCUGGGUGCAAGCAUGGAUACCUUCACCGGGCGCAACAAGAACGAAUGAGAUGGAACCAGACUAGUGACGUCAUCAUGUCGACAAUAGUGCCACCACGCGUCUGAAAUGAUUCGCUGUAACGUCUUCGGGCAAUCCCUGCUAUAGUAAAAAUCAUGACAAUAAUAUUUACGGACUAGUUGUACAACAAAACAAUAUUAUAAAAUAGGAAUUUACUCCAGAGUUUAAUGUUUUUGUUUUCAUUUUAUAAGAUUGGAUUAAAAUUCCAAAUUAUAUUACAAGUAAAGCUGAAAUGAAACGAUAUUUUUGUUCACAUUGAGACCACAGCCCACUGUUAUACUGUUAUUCAAAAAAGUCAAUGAAAAUACAUUUUACACUGGAGCAUAUUAUUUUGUAGUUAACAUCCAUUCCUCUGAAAUGUAUGAAAACUAUAUGAGACAUCCCUUUUUGGUAAAAUGUUUUGCAAAGUGCACUUUUAUUUUUAAAGAUUUUAAAAUGUUUCAUGCAUUUCCUGACAACUGGGGGCGCUGUUGCUGUGAUGUCACUAUAGGAACACCCCCUUCAAAUUGGGGUUCUUCUCUUCAAGUUUUUUAGUGCAUUUAGUGCAUAAUUAUUGUGUUGCUGUCAUACACUGAAUCAACAAUGAACUGCUGGAAGUAGAAAAAUGACCACAGCAGACCCCUAAAAAUCUGGUGAUUUUUCUAUGCUGAAGCAGAUGCGAAAGUGGAGUUUCUGCCUUGAAUGACGUCACAGUUUUGCAAAAGAAUAUGGAAAUUUGCAUAAGCAUAAACAUCAAAAAGGCACCAAACUUUGCUUGAAAAUGGCAAUAUGAAGAUUAAAAAAUGAAAUAACUUAAAUGGAACUCAAAGGUACAUUUCAAGGAUUACAUUAAACAAAAAUGCCAUUACUUGGGCCCUUUAAUGGAGUAAAAUAUAACCGUCAUCAAGUGUUAAGGUUUUGUGAAUUCUGAAAUGUGUUUUAUAUAGGAAAGGUAAACACUAGUUUGUUUGACAUGAUAACUGAAAUCUCUUUCAUACUUGUCUAUUAUUCAUGUGGCUGCAGUGAUACUGUGCUGUAAUGGGCAGUAGGAGGGCAAAACUAGGACGUAGGAGGAAAAGUAAGUCUUGAAAGAAAAAUUGUGAUGAACAAGUUUCAACAUUUAAGUAUUUGCAUAUAAUAGUGUGAAGACUAGCCGUUAUAACGCCCCAGCGGAUUCAUCUUUUAGAUAAAAUUUGAUUUGGAAAAAAUACAUAGAUAGCUAAUUCGCCGUAUACAAUAUCUGAUGAGUGGAAAGUUUAUACAAUGUAUAACCUAGUCAGUGUUACCGAUCUGAGCUAUAUAGCUCCCCAUACACCUCUUUGAAAGUUUAGGAUAUAUUAAAGAUGUUGAACUUGAUUAAUGCAUGCAUAUGAA